GAUAUUGGCAAUCUGUAAUUUAGAGCCAUCCUACUUGCUACUUAAUAGGCAUCCUCAGACUUUAUCGUGCACCGGCGUUCCCAAUUCUAUACGACUUCGAUGUAAUGCGCGCGCUGAGCUUGGUUCCCACAAUGCUUUAUUAUUUCCUAGUGUUAGCAACGCCUAUGGUUGUUUACAGUUGCCAUGUGUGAUGGUAGCUUCUUGUAGCAUUUCACAAUGUUACUAUUUUUCUAUUUAAUAUUGAUAAAUAUGCGAAUUACUGCAACCACAGAAUCAGUGGAAAGUGGUGUAACACAAAAAACUACGGAAAAGUAUGUGGAAGAGCGCGAACCCAUUACACAAGCAAUGAUUUCAACUGGAGCAGCCGAGGUUACUCUUACAGAAGCACUGUUUCGGUUAGCAGAUGUACCUACCCCAAAGAUAAACGUUUCAUCUCUCUGUGUCUGUGAUUUAUUGGUGUCUCAGUGUGAUAUGAACUGUUGCUGUGAUACUGACUGCAGUACAUCCGAUUUUGGUACUUUCACAUCGUGCUCAGUAGAAUCAGUUACGGAUGACAGUCGGCUGUGUAGACAGCAAACAGCAAUCUAUUCAAUUAAUAUUACAGUAAAUCCACCUCAGAGAGUGCUAACAUUAGCAGAGCAGAGCAAUCCAGACUUAUUCUGCAUUCAGAAGGCAAACUAUGAUGCUGGCCUGACCUUUGCUUCACCAAAAGUGCCCUCUAGUGAUAAUUUUAAUGACCUUGUGAAGCAGUUUGGUGGCUUUUCCUUCAGUGCUGAGACAGACAUCCAAGAACAAACUGGAUCCACUGGAUAUCAGUAUGGCGUUCCUGUACAGACCACGCUAAACAACAGAGACUAUUUGAAAUUGCCUGCUCCACAUUCUGCUUCUCAAUGCACAGACAAUAACCCUGCAGGUUUCUUGAUGAACCAAGCUGUACAGUGUAGUAGAAGUGUAACACUAAACAACUGCCUAGAUGAUGCAGCCCUGAAUAUGACAACAUACCACAAUUUUUCAAUAUUUGCUGAACCAUUGGUAAACAACACAGUUGAUGUCACUAUUCAGUCAAUAACCUUGCAGUCUCUGAAUGGAUCACUUACUCGUGGAAAUAAUACAGAAAAAUUAAAUUUCAGUGUGAGCAGAAGUUUUAAUGUGUGCACUAAUGUGGUGCUUGAGGUAGUUUACGUCAUCUUUUAUAAUGAAAUGGGACAUAUAACAAAUGCUAGUGUGUCAUUUGUUCUUGGAGCAGUUGACAAGUCAAUGAUUCCAGUUCAGCAAAGCUUUCGUAUCAGCUUUGUAGAGGAAAAUAAAACCCAGAUUCCAUUAAGUGGAAACCCAGGUUAUGUUGUUGGUCUUCCUCUAAUGGCUGGAUUCAAACCACCAGGAUCUGGCAUUAUUCAUAGUACAAAUCGGUAUGGACAACUCACUCUUCUGAAGAGUUCAGCCUCUCAAGAUUGUUUCUCCAGUUCUGGUGGUAGAAUGCCAGUUCUAUUUGGUUACAAUAUGGUAUCAGGAUGUAAACUACGAAUCACAAACACCACAGACUGCACAGUUUUCUCCAAAAUAAUUUUGGAUAUACUCAGAGGACAAAAUUUUCCAGAGUAUGUGGCAUCCUUUGGAAACGCUAAAGUGCAGAAUGUAGGUGAUUGGGUCCAAAUUACUUCAACCACCGUUGAAAAGCAGGAUAACAACUGUCAACUACCUGUUUCUCUGGAUAUUGUAGUGAAAUGGACUAAAUAUGGAUCACUGAUGAACCCUCAGGCUAAAAUACAGAAUGUCACAGAAAAUAUAAUUACAGUUCCAUUCUCUCGGCCUACUAGAUCUGACGAAAUAAAAAUUUUGGAGAUAUUGACUUCUGUUACUUUCAUUGAUGUAUCGGCACCUGCAGAACCUGGCUACAGAGCACAGCCGACCAUUGAUGCCAAACUACCAUAUGACUUUUUCUAUCCAUUUGUCUAAAAAUCAUAGUUUUUGUUUUUGUCUGUGAAUAACUUAAGAUGAUUUUGUAUAUUUUGCUUUAAUAAAGGUACUAGGUUCAAACUGC